CCUUAAACGCACUCACAAGUCACAGCAGACAGACAGGCUCACAAGUUUAGAGAGAGAGAGAGAGAGAGAGAGAGAGAGAGAGAGAGAGAGCGAGCGCUUUAGCAAUGGAGCAUCAGAGAUUGUCGGGUGGAAGCAGAUGGAGAGGGAAGCCUAUUCGAUGCAGAGCUGCGGUGAGUCGGAAGGCAGGGGAGCCGCUAAUUCUGGAAGAGAUCCUGGUGGCGCCGCCAAUGCCUCAUGAAGUCCGCAUCCGAAUUAUCUGUACCUCUCUCUGCCACAGCGAUAUCACUUUCUGGAAAAUGAAGGACUUUCCUGCAAUUUUCCCCAGAAUUCUUGGUCACGAAGCUGUGGGGGUUGUGGAGAGUGUUGGGGAGGAUGUCAAUGAGGUCUCAGAAGGAGAUACUGUCAUCCCAACUUUCAUGCCAGAAUGUGGAGAAUGCGUAGAUUGCAAAUCCACAAAGAGCCACCUAUGUACAAAACUCCCCUUCAAGCUCUCACCUUUUAUGCCAAGACACGAGACUAGCCGAUUCACAGACCUCAAUGGGGAGGUUCUAUACCAUUUUUUGUCCGUGUCUAGUUUUUCAGAGUAUACAGUGGUUGACGUAGCCCAUGUCACAAAAAUUGACCCUGCAGUACCUCCAAAUAGGGCAUGCCUUCUCGGCUGUGGAGUAUCAACAGGAGUUGGAGCUGCUUGGAAGACAGCAAAUGUGGAGAAGGGAUCAACUGUUGCUAUAUUUGGGCUAGGUUCAAUUGGAUUAGCUGUCGCAGAGGGAGCAAGACUUUGUGGAGCUACUAGAAUUAUUGGAGUGGAUGUGAAUCCGGACAAAUUUGAAAUUGGAAAGAAGUUGGGCCUCACCGACUUUGUGAAUGCUGCAACUUGUGAGAAUAAAUCUGCGAGCCAGGUGAUCAUUGAGAUGACUGGCGGGGGUGCAGACUAUUGCUUUGAAUGUGUUGGACUGGCAUCAUUGGUGCAAGAAGCUUAUGCUUGUAGCCGAAAGGGUUGGGGAAAAACAAUCGUGUUAGGCGUGGACAAACCAGGGUCAAAGGUGAGCCUUCCCUCUAGUGAUAUCCUUCACAGCGGCAAAACCCUCAUGGGAUCCUUAUUCGGAGGACUCAAACCUAAAUCGGAUAUCCCUGCUCUCAUCAAUCGUUACAUGGACAAGGAACUACAACUGGAUGAGUUUGUGACACAUGAGGUGAGGUUUGAAGACAUCAACAGCGCUUUCGAUUUGCUCAUUGAAGGGCAAUGCCUUCGAUGUGUAAUCUAUAUGAGCAAUGAGUAAAUUACUUCUGUGUGCAACAGCCUUUACAUUUAUAUGUACUCUAAGCUAUCAAUAAGCAUGAAAGGUUUCAUUUUCUAAA